AUGGCGCCAAUGAUUCGAGUAAUGGAUGGCGAUGCUGCUGAAAGGGAAGUGAAGGGUGCAGAAGGGUGUCAGUUAUAUUCGUUAGUGCAAUAUAAUUGUGAGUACCGCGUUGGUGGGACGUUGGAGUGCUUCCCCUUCAAGAGAAUGUUUCUUGAGUGUCUGGACAAGAGUGGGAAGCUGAAGAGAGUGGAGACCAGGAGUGGUUCAUGUAAAUAG